CCCGGCUAAGGGGCCGAGAUCUCUCGUAUACCUGACCUCCCAUUGGCUUCACUAUUUUCAGCUUUCUCUCUCUUUCUCUCUCCACCCACCGUGAGUCUGGCGCCACCACCAUCACCGCCACCCCUCUCGGGGCUCAGUUCAUGGAGCCCUUUUCAGAAAUAGGAUAAAAAAGCAAUCUUUUUCAAAGUAAGAGCAAAAAAGUAGUUGCGAACCAAAAACCCACACAUGUACGUCUAUACAAACACUCUCUCUCUCUGGCCUUUUGCUCUUUGUUCUCUUCUUCUCUCUUUUGUAUUCAUUCAUACGCUUAUACUCUCCCUUCUUCACCCUUUGCUUUCUCCACUAAACAAUCUUAUCCUAUCUCCUUUCCCUGUGAUUUCUCUUCUUUGUUAUCUCUCCAGAGCCAGAAUUCUUGACUCCUUUGAACUUCAUGAGUCGUUUUCAGCAGCAGCAGCAGCAGCAAUUUCCUCAAAAUAUGCAGACGGGCGGCGCUGGAUUGACGCGCUAUCGAUCCGCCCCGAGUUCUUAUUUUUCCAGCUUCCUGAACGCUACAGCCAGCGACGGUGGAUUUGGAGCGGAGGAUUUUGAGCAGCUUUUCAGCCCGAAUGUGACGACUCUGCAAUCACAGCGGAAGUCGCAGCCUCAGCAGCAGCUGCGCAGGCAGCAGAGCAACGACUUUUCUUCGGUGAUGUAUCAGAAUCCUAACUCUGAUGCUGCGAAUUCCGCUACGGGCAGUUCUUACACCAGACAGUUAGGUGACACGGUCUUGAAUCGUGGGGCGGCGCCGGUGAAGAUGGAAGGCGGCGGUGAUGGCAGUUCUAAUCUCAUUCGGCAUAGCAGUUCGCCAGCUGGACUAUUUGACGACAUAAACAUCGAAAAUGAGUUUGGUGCAAUGAGGGAUUACGGGAAUUUUGGAGCUGGUAGUCUUGCUAAUGCAGAAGCAUCAUUUUCCUCCACGAGCAGGUUCAAGACUGAAACAAGAUUUUCGUCGAGGAACUCCUCAAUAACUCCUGGUGACGGACAAUUCGACCAAGAUCGUGGUAACGAUGGCGACUACAUCCCAGGUUUCCCGAUGAAUCCUUGGGACUUGUCCGAUGAUUUCCUUAAAGGGCUGGUGGACAAUGACAGCAAAACAUUUCCAAAAGCAAACGACUCAGACGAUCAGAACAAUGAAGGUGGAAACCGGUCCACGACACCAUUAUCUCGCCACCUGAGUUUGCCAACAAGUUCGGCAGAGUUAUCAGCCAUGGAGAAACUUUUGCAAGAUUCAGUGCCCUGUAAGAUUAGAGCCAAAAGGGGUUGUGCUACUCACCCUCGCAGCAUUGCUGAAAGGGUGAGAAGAACGAAGAUUAGUGAGCGAAUGAGGAAACUGCAAGAACUUGUCCCGAACAUGGAGAAGCAAACCAAUACAGCUGAUAUGUUGGAUUUGGCUGUCGAUUACAUUAAGGAUCUUCAAAGACAAGUCCAGACGCUUUCUGAUAGGCAUGUGAGAUGUUCUUGCUCGCCCGGAACGAAACUGUAGAUCAAAGGAUUCCAUAGUUAGUGUUAGCGUAUGCUUCUUCAGAAAAAAACAAAAAA